AUGAAUAAUUCAGAUUGGAGUGGUAGCUGGGGUAGUAGUUGGAGUGGUAGUUGGAGUGGUAGUUGGAGUGUAGGAUUACAAGCAGCACAACCAAGAAGACCACAAGGAAGACAAUUAAUAAUAUUACAAGGAUCACAACCAAGAAGAACACAAAGAGCAGGACAAACAGCACGAGGAUCACCGUUGUUGAUUAAAUGGCCAGUACCAUCAUUAGGCUCUGCAGCUUGA